CGAAGUGCUAAGCAGCUAGUUGCGAAUAAAUCAAUUUAAAUGGAUACACGCUACAGAACAAACAGCUUUCACUUUUGAACGGAGUGGUUAACAAUCAGUGGUUUACUUUACUAGUGGUGCUACUUUACCAUCAGCAGCUGUGUGUUUACAAACCUUGAAAUUAAGCCAACCACCAAGCAGGCUGUGUGUUGUUCUUUCUUGGAACAAAUCGAAGAAACCGUGUGACGGAAUUUUGUUACAUUGAUAUUUUCUUCCACGACCAGACAGUGAUUGGGCGACCUUGACCCGUUUACGUGCGGAAGGAGCGAUGUGCGAUUUUCCACCAUCACGCAAUUGACAUUGAUGAAAAGAAAAUACGCAUAAAUCGUUAUGCAUAAAAAGGUCCUGUUGCGUUGAAUAAGUUCAAUAAUGCUGGAAAUUACACGUCGAUUAAUAGGUUUCACUAAUUCACCAAAAUGUCCAGUCCGGUUCGAGUGGAUAGCACGACAACGAACCCGUCGGACACCGACGACGAUGGAGGGCUAGUGAUGCGUAUCCCCACGGUAACGUCCAGUAACGGUUCGGUCUCGAAAGCCAGUGCAAUCAACGGAAACGGCAUCCCGCACGUUAGAUCACCGUGGCAACGGAAGCCACUGAUCGACACCACUCCUACCGGAAGUCUUGAUCUUAGCAAGCUUUCAAUGCGGCGAAACUCCAGCUAUGGGAAGCUGCCGUCGGAGAGUCCGGAAGCAAAAGUGCUGGUCAUCUAUACCGGUGGUACGAUCGGUAUGAUGCGAAACGAGAAGCAUGCUUUGGAACCCAGACCUAACGAGUUUGUUCGCAAAAUUCGCCAUUAUCCUAACAUGCACGAUGAUGCCUACGCUUCCAAACGAUACGGUCCAGCGAAGAAUAUGGCUCCCUUGGUGCUUCCCUACGUAGAAGGCCAACAUCGACGAAUUUUGUACCAAAUCUGCGAGUAUGAACCCCUUCUCGAUUCUGCCAACAUGGGCGUGACCGAUUGGGUCCGAAUCGCCACCGAUAUCCAGCAUUCGUACGAGUUCUUCGACGGCUUUGUAGUUCUGCACGGAACGGAUACUCUGUCCUACACUGCUUCGGCACUUUCCUUCAUGUUUGAGAAUCUCGGCAAGACGGUGAUCAUAACUGGAUCGCAAAUACCCAUCUUUGAAACACGAACCGACGGGAAGGAUAACUUCACCUCUGCCUUGAUCCUAGCGGGAAACUACGUCAUUCCGGAAGUGUGCGUUUUCUUCAACAGUCGGCUGUUCCGAGGUAAUCGAACAAUCAAGGUGAGCAGCGGCUCGCUGGAUGCGUUUAACUCGCCGAACGCAGCGCCGCUGGCAAAAAUAGGAAUCAACAUGGAGAUCGACUACCGGUUGAUCUUCCGUCCUUGCACCGUAGAGAAGUUCAAUGUACACGUGCAGAUGGACGAGAAUGUAGGCCUGCUGCGGCUGUUCCCCAGCAUUUCAAUGGCUACGGUAAAGGCAUUCCUACAACCCCCGAUGCGAGGGGUGGUACUACAGACCUAUGGAGCCGGAAAUAUUCCCUCGAAUAGGGCUGAUCUGGUGGGAGCAUUCCGAGACGCAUCCGAGCGCGGUGUGCUGAUCGUGAACUGUACCCAGUGCAAUGAAGGAUCAGUUUGCGAUCUCUACGAAACCGGACGGCAGCUGCACGACAUCGGCGUCGUUCCCGGGUUCGACAUGACACCGGAAGCGGCGCUGGCCAAGUUGGCGUACGUCCUCAGUAAGGACAAUUGGAACCUCGAAACGAAGAAGUUGAUGCUUAAGAGCAAUCUUCGCGGGGAAUUAACUCACGAGAAGACACCAGACAUGCAAGAAUUCGAUCUUAUAGAUGCAGUUGCCCGAACUCUACAGCUGAAUUCAGCCAAAGAGUUGAUCCAGUUGAAAUCGUCACUGUUUCCAGCAAUGGUGAAUAGCGCAGUUCUUGCAGGAGACAUUUCAAAGAUCAACAACCUCAAAGGCUACGGAGCGAAUCUAUCGGCUGAGAACUAUGAUCGGAGAACAGCUCUGCACGUAGCAUGCUGCGAAGGUAACUUGGAAGUCGUCCAAUAUCUACUACAGAACGGAGCUGCCGUCCACAUCCGGGAUCGCUACGACCGGACGCCACUGAUGGAUGCCAUCGUGAACGAUAAUUACCAAGUCAUCCGAUUGCUGCUCAAAUGCGGAGCUCACUUGACUGGAUCGAUUCGAGCGAUAGGCGAGAGUUUGUGCAGUGCUGCUGCCCGGAAUCUGCUGAAUCGGCUGGAAUCGUACCGUAUCGCUGGGGCGGACCUCUCCCAGAGUGAUCCUAGCGGGCGAACGGCACUACACGUCGCUGCUAUGUACGGAAACCUGGAUGUCACUCAGUAUUUGGUUAAAAACUAUGCAGAAGUCAACGCUGUAGAUUACCUCGGACUAACACCCCUAGAUUAUGCUGUCAAAGUCAACGCAAAAGCUGUGAUCGAUUUCCUGCUGGAGAAGGACGCCAAGCGCGGCGACGAUAUGGAAGUGAUGCCACUACCCGAUUUCCAUGAAUCAUUUGAUUACUAGACCUGUUACUGACCUUUAUUAAGUUUUAAAAAUACAUUUAGG